UCCUUUUCUUUAUUUCUCUUCUCAGCUCGCUGACCCAACUGCAGCUGCAAACGCAACAAGUACUAUCGCACAAUGUUUGGGUCCCUCCUGCUUGCCUGUCUGUUUCUACAUCUGGUUGUCUCUGUACCUCAACCGGCCUGCCGUCGAUGCUGUGACCACCUCCCAGCACUAGAUGAAGCUGCAACCCUCAGAGAAAGCAUGCCUGCGAUGCCUGAGGUCCGCACAUACAUCAACAUGACCAUUCUCAAAGGUGACAAAGGUGACCGUGGAGAAAGAGGGACACCUGGGAAGCCUGGGAUUGAGGGUUCACCGGGACCACGGGGGUCUGAAGGCCCCAAAGGAGAUAAGGGACAAGCCGGAGCUCCAGGUGACGCCUGCAAGUCCCAGCAUUCUGCUUUCUCAGUGGGCCGACGGAAGUCCCUUCACAGCAUUGACAACUACCAGGCCCUAAUCUUUGACACUAUCUUCGUGAACUCCCCCGAACACUUUGACAUGUUUGCCGGGAAAUACCGCUGCCAAAUCCCAGGAAUCUACUUCUUCAAUGUGAACAUCCACACGUGGAACUUCAAGGAGACAUAUCUGCACAUCAUGCAGAACGACAGCGAGAGGGCCAUCGUUUACGCUCAGCCCAGCGACCGCUCCAUCAUGCAGAGCCAGAGCGUCAUGCUGCCUCUGCAGGAGGACGACGAGGUCUGGGUCCGUCUCUACAAACGUGAGCGUGAGAACGCCAUCUACAGCGAUGAUGUGGACAUUUACAUCACCUUUAACGGAUACCUCAUCAAAGCAGAAACUGAGUGAGACCAGAAACGGAGACGGGGCAUGAUUAGUGGAGCAGCUUUAACAAAACUGAAAAGCAUCCAAACAUUUCAUAUUAGAUUUCUGCAGUCCAAAAAAAAAAUUCCUAAUGCAGAGAAGUCUGCUUUUUCUA